UAAUUGGAUAAAAACACUUGAUCAUUUCAAGUUGCAAUAAUUAAAUUUUACUUUUAUCAAAAUUUAUAAAAUUUCUUCGAAAUCGAUCAAGAUAAGUAUGCAAUCUCAAUUUAUUUCCACAGUACAAUUUUCCCCCCACUAUGUAACGCGUCAUAACAACUUUCUCAAGUUGCAAUUUAUCGUUGAACUUUGCCAAGAAAACAUCUCAUUUAAAAGUGCAAAAAAAUUUGUGAAAUGGAUUCGAUGACUCGAAAACGGACAAAUACUACUAAAAUGGACAAUUCUAAUAUAAACCAUGGACACGUGGAUAAUGAAAAAGUCAGUAUACGAAAGGAACAUGAAGUAAUUUAUAGUCAUCGUAAAGGACUGUUCAAUGGAAGAGCUAUUCUUUUUUUACUACUUUGGUAUUUGUUUAGUGGAUGUACUUUAUUUUUGAAUAAGUAUAUUUUAACGUAUUUAAAUGGAAAUCCUACAGUAUUAGGGGCAUCUCAAAUGUUGACAACAGCAAGUUGUGGAUUUAUACAAAUGUAUUUCCCUUGUGGGAUGUACAAACCUAAUCAAAGAUUAAAUAAACCACCUGGUUUUUAUCGUCAUAUGAUAUUAGUUGGUUGUACCAGGUAAUUUUUUUUAUUAUGAUAAAACCUUGAUAUAAUAGACAAA